AUGCAAGAGCAAAGUACGUCGCGAAACAAGGCAACACUCAAUUCGUUGGAAAGCGCUAUCAUCAAGUUGAAAAAUAACCUUCAGAUACAAGACACAAAAACAGAUAUGAGUGGUUUAUUAAGCAUUGAAACGUCAAAUUGCGAAGAAACUAAAUGUAGUUCGAGCAAGGGAAGUACAAGUUCUACCGCAAAUAUAAACAUAUCUAUAGCUUCGGCGGCACUUCUACAGGAGAAUAUGCUGCAGCGAUCGUUACAAGGUGUAGUAAUUUCUUUACAAAAUGCUAUGAUGAAUUCAUUACAGCAGGCUGCUCUUUUGCCAUCUAAUUCAGCAGCUGCGGCAGCCUUAAAUUUACAAGCAUUAGAAUCUUAUUUAACCUUACAACGCCUUACCUCAGUCUCAUCUGUCAGUACAUCUCCUAGUACAGCAGAAAAUAACACAUCUGUGAAACAAGAUAUAUUAAGGAUAGCAACAGCGAGUGCAAAGAUAACUGAGACUGAUGUUUCAGAAAGUACAUCAAGAGUAAUGUCUCCGAAAACACCCGAAGAAUACCCGCUAUCUGACGCAAUUGCUGCUGAAGAUGUUGAUUUAUCUGAAGAAGUUGAAGAAGAUUUAGCCUUAUUAGAUAAUGAAGACGAAUUUACAUUAGAGCAGCAUUUAGAAUCGUCAUCUAAAAGCUUCAGCUAUAGUUCAUCACAGAAUUUAGACAACGGCUAUCCGAGCCUACUAAUGAAUGCUAUGUAUCAACAACAAAUCAAUAGAAGUCCUUCAAAUCCACCGCUCUCACCACAACCUUCAAACUCCUCUAGCACAAAAUCUACAAACAGUUCCACGUCAUCAACAAGCAGCAGUAUUUCUAAUAAGCAAAAAACUUCUAGUACCGGCUCAAGAACGAAGAAACAGUUUAUUUGUAAAUUUUGCAAUCGUCAAUUUACGAAAUCUUAUAACCUUCUAAUACAUGAAAGGACCCAUACUGAUGAAAGACCAUAUUCCUGUGACAUUUGCGGUAAAGCUUUCCGAAGACAGGACCAUUUAAGAGACCACAGGUAUAUACAUUCGAAGGAGAAGCCGUUCAAGUGUCUCGAAUGUGGAAAAGGUUUUUGCCAGUCUAGAACAUUAGCUGUACAUAAAAUAUUGCAUAUGGAAGAAUCCCCACAUAAAUGUCCGGUUUGCAGCAGAAGUUUCAAUCAAAGAUCUAAUCUGAAGACGCAUCUUUUAACGCAUACUGAUAUAAAACCUUACAACUGUACGUCAUGCGGGAAGGUUUUUAGACGCAAUUGUGAUUUGAGACGCCACAGUCUGACUCAUAAUCUGGUUGGAAUGUCGUCACUAAACACUUCCCCGAGCGGAGCAAACGGGAAGAGCCCUUUACUGAAUCCAAAUUUUCCUAUCGAUAAUUUAGAUACUGAAGAAGAAAACUGA